AUGACUGCGCAAGCGUGGGAUUCCGAAUCGAUCGAGAGGUUAUUAGGUGUUGGUAGACUCUCUGACCAUUUGCGCGUAUUGCCAUUUGCACCGGCGCCCGCGCAGGCCGCGUUUAACGCACGUUCGACUAGCGAGUUUAGAGAUCGAUUGUUCCUGAACCUUCACAGUCCGCACCAAAACAAUAGCUUGAUCUUAACACCUUUACGACGUUUGAACGACGUUUUGACACUUUCAGAUGUAAAAUCUGUUAAAAAUCACACCAGCGCUAAGACGACGCCAACAAAAUCUAACAAUUCCUCAUCGAGCAACUCCACGACUAAUUCCAAAGACAAUCUGAAUGAUGACAACAUCAGCCAGAGCUCAAUCGGUGGUGGAAUAAGAGGGAAAUUGGCGGCACUGUUCAAUAAAGAGCAGACGAUAAGCGAGACAACAAUAGCGAAUAAGUUCAAGCAAGAGAGAGAAAGAGAAAUGGAGAUGCUACAGAACAGAUUUCACUAUAAGCCCAAUAACGAAAAACCGGAACAUAACAACGACUCUGAUGAUGAACAAAGCGAUCAUGACCCAUCGGAGAAAGCGCCUCUUAUGGGCAGCGCUUUAAAUCUAGCCCAGAAUAACAAGAAGCCGGAAAUAAUAUCCAAUGUACCCAAGGUUACUUUUGAUGAGAAACGGGAUGUAGAACCGAUUGUGAAAGAGGUCGAAAAGGAAAAGGUUGUGUCACAACCUGUAAAACGGAGAAGUUCACAAUCCCACGAUUCACCGAUCGUACUAUCCGUAUUAGAAGAUGUGAAAAGGAUUAAAGUUAAUAACAAUAAGAAGGACGUCGAAGCAAACGGUGUUAUAACGCAACAGCCCAGCCUUUAUCCACAUUUAUCUGACAUAGAAACUGACACUUCGCACGCACAGGACGAAUUUUCCGACUGUGGUGGAUCAAGCACGGAGGAAAAAGGACAAUGUAGUUCCAAUGACAAUCUUAAUAAAUCGGACAAUUGGGCUGAAACAUCUUUCGGCCGGGAAGUCAUGAACGUUGUAAAGAAAAAUAACACUAGUUACCAGAAAGCAGUGCGUGAAAGCUUGUCGGACAGUUCGGAAGGCAACUGCGAUAGUGAGUUAGACGACAUGCUAGACGAGGCACUUGGCGACGAAGAAGGACCCACACCGCCUAAAGUAAACAAGCAUGGCAGUAUAUCCUCGUCUACGAGCUUCGUGUAUCAGGAACGGGCGAAAUUCAAGUCGCCGCAGAAAACGUCGGCGGUUGGGACGCCGCGCGUCGACCGCGGCAACGAGCUAGUCCACAGCGUCAGCUUCUACCGCCGUAUGCAGAACGCUUCCUCCACGCAGUCGACUCCGGUGCGCGUAGUACGACACGCGUCGCCCGAACGCGAACCCCCUACCCCCGACGAACCCGCCGCAGCUGUAACCACUGUACGCCAGCGGAUACGUGAACUACAACAAGAGGUCACCAAACAGCAAACUGUUAUAUCGCAGGCAAGUCAAGCUCUAAACCUGUGCGCUGCAACUAUUGAGUUCAGUGGAUCCACAGAACAAGCAGAAGGCGAAAGACUGCUGUUAUUAGCAACCCACCGUCGUCAGGCGUGUCUCCAUGAGAUACAGCGGCUUCAAGUGGAAGGCGCCGGGCCUGCUGCUAAAGCGGGAAUGGCUUCAUUACAUAUCAACAGUAUCACAGUGCCAUUGAGAAGAGAUUAUAUGAGACAUCUCAAUGCCGACGGUGCUACAGGUCAUCACGUGCUAUGUUUGCUGAAAUGUCGUGAUCGAGUUUUAGCAACAAGUAUGCAGUUAACUCAGCCCACUACUGCUAACUUACACUUUCCUGACCAAAUACGGAUGGACGGCCUGGCCAGCGAUUUCCAUGUAAGUUACUACGUUUCGGCUACGGUAGCACAGGUUAAGCAACUUUUAUAAAAGCCGGUUAUAGGUUAGGUGACCAAAGAUGCAUUGUCUCG